AGCAAUAAAGAUGAGAUAACUAAUGAAAUGCUAUUGCAAUCGGCAGUCUUUGUCGUCUUGGCUCCAAAAGCUAAAUACACAGACAUUGAAUUUAAACAUUUGAGAAAAUAUAUUCAAAACGGAGGAAAAUUAUUUGUUAUGAUUGGAGAGGGAGGAGAACGAAAGGCUGGAACUAAUGUCAACUUCUUGUUAGAAGAAUAUGGAAUUGCUAUCAAUAAUGAUUCUGUGGUUCGAAGUGCUUAUUAUAAGUACUAUCACCCGAAAGAGGCUCAGAUAGGGAACGGUAUAUUAAACAGAGGACUGCUUCAAAGUGCAAACAAAUUACAGAAACUUGUUAACGGAGAUAAUGAUGACAUGAAUCAGAUUCAGAACAUUAAUUUCGUUUAUCCGUUUGGGGCGACACUCAAUGUGGCCAAACCAGCCAUAGCCGUACUGUCGACCGGUUCACUCUCACUACCGCUUAACCGUCCCAUCUGUGCCUUCUAUGAUGAGACCAAAAGUGGGGGCAAAAUAGUAGUGUUGGCGUCCACUCAGAUGUUCAAUGAUGUCUACAUUGAAAAGGAAAACAACUCUUUAGUGAAGGAUAUAAUAAUGCAUUACUUAAGUGACCCUAACUUUGCGCUCAAUGCAAUCGAUUCCCAAAAUCCUGAAGUUUCCGAUUAUUACACGAUUCCGGACAUUGAAUUACUGUCAGAACAACCCUUUUCUAGUCUCGAAGAAAGCGAAGAAUUGCCGUCCGAUUACAACAAACUCUUUUCCAAAACGAUUAAUCAGAUCACAAACUCAGAGCUGACACAAGUCAUCAAAGCGUAUGAAGAGUUACAGAUGGAUAGAGAGGCACUGAAACUGAUAAAACCGCAGUUCGAUACACCACUCCCAGUACUACAACCGGCCGUUUUUCCGCCUACCUUUCGAGAGCUAUCAAAGCCUGGACUCGAGUUAUUUGAUUUGGACGACGAUUUCAGUUCAAUACCCACACGACUCACGCAAAUCGCCAACAAAUGCAGUGAAUCUGAUUUGGAGUACUUUGUGAGAGAGUGUGGACUCAUUCUCGGCAUAAGUGAGGCAACGACUGGCGCUAAAUCAGCCAAAGCUGUCCUCAACUUUAUGUUCACCAAAAUUGUUGAAUUCAAAAAAGUCAAUAACGACCACAAUUUGCAUUAAUUGUACGGGAUCAAUAAUAAUAUACAGCAACUGAUAGUUUGCAAAAUGUAAUACAAAUUUAUUCAAAAAUAUGUUUAUAUAAAAUCACAUGAAAUCGUCGGAAUCGUAGCCGU